UGAUGUUCUGAUGGUCUGAUAACGAUCACUUUCUCUUCGUUUGGAUGAUCCAGAACUGCAGAAGCGUGACACACGUUCCAUAGAUUAUGAUAUGAGGAAAAACAUCCAGAGAUGACUGAAGUGGAGGCUGUUGUCACUGACUUUGCUGCCACGGGACGGACUGGUCGACGAAAUGCCCUGCCAGAUAUUUUAGAUUCUACUGCCGGUCCUGAAGCAGCAGACCUGCCAAACAAACUAGCAGACCUUACUGUAGGAGACAAUGCCAAGCAAGAAGGAGAAGGGCCAUCAUCAGCUGACCCAGACAGGGACCCUUCAGAAGGAAAGGACCAGGCAGAGGGCACAUAAUUUAAACCAUUACUGCUUAAAAUAGGACUAAAAAGAGGAGCAGAGACAGUACCAGAGUACCUCCUCCUGCCCUUAUGACCGGACAACUGCUACACCAUAGUCUGUGUUAUGCAAGAUCAGCAUCAUCACCUGUGGAUGAUACACCGCUGAGGGCUGAUGGAGGAGCAAAAACAUGUGUUUAUUAAAAAUUCAAUUUAAAGGCUCAGCAAUUGGGUGGUUUUAUACUUGGAUGGUAGUCAGAAACAUUGCAGCCCACCAGGUCCCAUCCCAUUAAUGGUGGGAAGAGAAUAUUCUAUUUUUUAGUUGAUUUAAAAACACAAUCGUUAAUCGGAUAGUAUUUUAAAUGUUGAUCUGUCUGUCUGUUUGCACAAUAACACAGCAUUUCAUUUGUUAUCAAGGGGACAACCUGCAAAACGUGGAUGCAAUCUGUAAAAAGUGGAUGCAAUUUUUAAACAGAUUGGAACACACUUCUUCUAUACUCCAGACACCCCACAAAAUGACCCAAAAACACAGAGAACAAUUCUUUAGCUCAUGAAAACAUUAUUUUUAUAAAUUUGGGGUUUGUUGUUGUUGUUUAUGUUCUGGAUGAAGAUCAGCUAAUAUUUUCCCCAGGUGGUUUAUGGAUGCCCAUACAAACACAUUUUCUUUCAGCACAAGUUCUGUUUCAUGUAUUUUGGCAGUCGGGGGCAGGCAAACUAUUUAUAAGAACACAGAACACAUAAUUUAUUUAUAUAUUUAUUAUUAUUAUUUUAACUUAUUCAAUAUUCAUAGUUUUCAUUUAUAUAAUAGUAUUUAUUUUCUAUGUUGGGCACCAGUACAACAAGCCAAAUUCCUUGUAUGUGAAAACUUACUUGGCAAGAUUUCAAAUUCUGAUUGUAAUUUUGUUGAGUUAUCACAAUCAAUAAAAUAAUUUUGGAGGCCAUGCCAAAAGUAAAUAAGCAUUUUAGAACAGCACUAAAUUAUGAAUCUAAUUUACUUAUUACUUAUUUACUUUUGUCCAGGCACAUUUGCAGAAAAGUAAACAUCUAAAAAGAAAUUUGUUUUAUCAUUCAGUCACAAAAAGGAACAGAAAUCAUAUAAAUUUUAAGGCUACCGUGACAAACAUGACCAUUACAAGUGUAUGUAAAUGUUUGACCUGAACUGUAGGACUCGAUCCAUGCUGUGAAUCCAGUGUAUCGUCUGUUUUGAGCUGUGUACCAAAUACUGCCAUGUUGUUAA